CAGAUGUCUUUCUGCCUGACUGAGAUGUUCCUGUGGUCUUUGAAGACUAACUUACAUAUUAGAGAUGACGAUAUUGGGAUCCACCAGUACUAUGACAACAAGGAACCAGCAUCACAGAUGAAGCAUGGUUACUUAGAAGAGAAGCAAAAGCUAGCAGAAUCUCGAGAUUAUCCUUGGAUACUGAAAAAUAGGCGACCAGACAAACUGCGAGAUACACUCAAGGAGUUAGAGGACUUAAUGCAAAACAGUCAAUGUGUGCUGAGCAAAUGGAAGAAUAAACAUAUCUGUCAGCUCCUCUUUCACUCAGGUAUAUUGGUGUCCCUAAGCCUUUCUGGGCCACAGCUGGAGAAGGUGGUGAUUGACAGGACCCUGGUGGGGAAGCUCAUCUCCGACACCAUCAGUGAUGCUGUUCUUACAGACAAUUUCAUCAUCUUGUCAUUUGAGGACCAUAACCAGCUCUGCUUUAUUCAGUUUACAAAGAAGAUGGAUUCUCAUGAUGUAAACAAAAGACUGGAAAAACUCUCUUGUUUGGACUUUAAGAUUUCUUAUAUUGAUAUACUUGGACCAGAAGGUAGAAGGAUGAAACGUCACCUGGCAAUAAACUGUAUGCAAGAUAUGGUCAUUUGCUGGUGGUCAAGAACUAGUGAUGAAGCAUGGCCUUGGUCUCCUAUUUCCUGUGAGAGGGACAGAGCCAACCUAUUGCUCUUAGGCUGUGCCCAUGGCAAAUUGGAGGUUCUGAGUUACGUCCGUACAGAAUGGGAUCCACUCAAUGCUAACUUCAGCACUAAUCAGCCUUACCAGGUUUACACAGUAGAACACUCCAUCUCCGCAGACAAAGAGCCCAUGGCUGACAGCUGCGUCUACAAGUGUGUCAGGAACAAAAUUCAGUGUGUGGCAGUCACCAGAAUACCACUGCGAUCCAAGGCCAUCAGCUGUUGCAGAGACAUUACAGAAGACAAACUAGUCCUGGGUUGUGAAGAUUCGUCAAUAAUUCUGUAUGAAGCCUACAACCAAGUGACUCUGUUAGCCCAAGCAGAACUGUUGCCUUCUUUAAUAACCUACCACCCUUCCGGAGCUGUAUUCAUAGUUGGCAGCUCUCAAGGGGAGCUGCAACUUUUUGACACUGCACUGUCCCCAAUUAAAAUUCAGCUCUUAGCACAAGACUAUUCACCUGAGGCAACUCUGCAAUUCAGUAAACACUUUGACGUUCCUAGCAGCCUUAUCCAGAUCCAGUGGACUGCUCCUCAAGUGGCAUCUGCCAGCACUGACGGCACAGAUAUUCAUGAUCUUUUGCUGAUUAGAUUUGACAAAGGACCCUUAGGAGCACUUCACUUUAAACUUGGUGUGAUCACAAGAGGACAGCUGGGCCUUGUGGAAAUCAUCCACCAGUACAUUCGUUACGAUGAGAUACAUGAGGCAAUUAAUGUCCUGAACACCAUGAACUGGAACACAAUGGGUUGUCAGUGUUACAUAUGCUUGACUGCCAUUGUCAAUCACCUUCUUAAACAAAAGCUUACACCAGACAGAGAAGCACAGCUUGAGGCAAGCCUUGGAACCUUUUAUGCUCCAACAAGACCCCUCUUGGAUACAACUGUGCUAGAGUACAGGGACCCAAUCAGCAGAUAUGCAAGAAGGUUCUUCCACCACCUGCUCAGGUAUCAGAGAUUUGAAAAAGCGUUUCUGCUAGCUGUUGACAUAGGCGCUCGGGACCUGUUUAUGGACAUCCAUUACCUUGCACUAGAUAAGGGUGAAUUGGCACUAGCUGAAGUGGCAAAGAAAAAGGCUAAUGACAUUGAUGCAGAAUCAAUAACUACUAGAAUUGAACUUCUGGGGCAGUCAGACGAAGAAGACCCAUCUCACGAAGCUUUCAUUGACCGUCCUUCAGAGCACAGAGGAGAUCAUGACUCGCCUGCUCCUGGUUCAGCUGUCAGACUGCCAGCGCAGAGCUGCUCCCGCAGUGAACCAGCACACCACCUUGCAAUGGAUGGGAAACUACAAUGA